CUGUYGGCUGAGGUCAGACGAAACUUCGCACUCCAUGUGCGCAGUCGUGCAGRGAAAGUUGUAAAAAGUACGGUGYCGUAUUUGUUUGUCCCGCCAAUUCUCCUAUUUGUUCACUACCCAASGUUUGUACAAUGUCCUGCAAAAGAAGUAUCAAAGUUCCACAGAGUUUGGAGCAACUUGUACAAUGUCUUCAUGAAAUAUUCGAAGAUGAUGAAAUCAAUGUAGAYGAGGUCCGUGAAAUCAUGGCCUCUUACGUGUCAAAAGAACAAGACUGGAGAAAAUACGCGAAUUAUGAUCCUUAUAGAUUUACAAGGAAUUUAGUCGACGAAGGCAAUGGCAAAUUCAACUUGAUCGUACUUUGUUGGGGAGAGGGUCAGGGCAGCGUGACCUACAUCAAUGAUUCCAUYGGACUGCAUCGUAUGGAAAACACCAGCCAUUCAGACACAGCAUGCUCUCUUCACCUGUAUUGUCCGCCUUUUGAUAUGUGCAACUCAUUUGACCAGAGAACAGGACACAAGCAGGCUUGCAAAGURACAUUUUGGUCAAAAUAUGGCACAAGAACUCCAUUUAAGCCAUCUGGUAAUUAAAAGAGCACAAGAAUUAUUUUCCCCUCAAUUAGUAAUACCUCAAAGUUUGUAUAAAAAUUUAAAAGCAUUUUAUACCAUAGAAAAACCUAUAGAAGAACCCACGCUUACAACCAACAAUUUUUCUCAAACUCAUUUUGGACUUUGAGCAAGUUUUGGUGUCUGUCAGUAAUGAUAUAAUUGAUAGAGCUGUAGGAACGAGAAGAAUUCAAAAAAAAAACUGUGUUGUACAAAUAUGGUUUUAAAACUUUGACUAGCUUGCAGUAUACUUAUAACAAACGCUUGUUUUUUUCAAAAUGAUCAUGUGUCUCUUGAUGAAAGUUGCUUUCARAUUGGUCAACAUCAAAGAAUCUGGUCAUUUUUACUACAUGAGAAAAUGUAUGUGGGCAAAGCAAUCAGAAAAAAUCCUUUCAAAUGGCUAAAAGMAAAGUUGAUGCAACUUUUUUCGAGUAAUCUAUUUUUUGGAGAAAAAAGUCAAAGUAAUGAAAAAUGUAAGUGUAAAAAUUAGUGUUAAAUUAAGAUAAAAUAAGUGUAAAUUGUAAAUAAGGUAAUACUUUAUGACAUUGCUGCAAUGGUCAAGCAUUUGGGAUUCCUGUGGGGUGUAAUUUUCACCACAACAGGCCCAAGACACACUAUGCAUGUACCACAGGAAGCCCAAAGCAGACUGAUUGCAUUCAUAGCAUAAGAAUUGCGUUUAAGAACCAUAUUUAAGGUUUAGAUAUAUCACUACUGUAUUUAGAAAUGAUAACUCUGGCUCCCAUUGUCUGUGGAGCUGCUCGCUGUUUGAGCAAAAUAGUCUUAAAGUAUUCCUGGACCAUCAUGAAAGGUA